UGUUGUUGCGAGGCAACCGCGGUGACGCAAUGACCGAGUUGCACCAAGCAGCUGCAGCGGGGGACUUCGCUCGAGUUCAGGAGAUUCUCGGACGAAAUGAAUGCGACCCGAACCAGAGGGACGUUGACUGGAGCUGCAAGACGCCGCUUCACUGGGCAGCAGCUCAAGGACAUACGGAGACGGCCCGGAUCCUCAUAGAGCACGGGGCCAGGCCGUGCCUGAGGACGGAGCACGGCUGGACCGCUGCCCACGGUGCUGCCGAGUCCGGCCGGCUGGCUGUGCUGCGGCUGCUGCACGCCCUCCACGCCCCUAUAGACAAGGAGGACUGCUGCGGAGACACACCAGCACGGAUAGCCGAAAUAUAUGGCCACCACGACUGCGUUCUAUUCCUUAAAGAAGCAGAAAUUGAAUGCCAGGCCUACCGCAAAGUGGCCGCCCAGAAAGGGGUUUCAGUGGACGACACCGAUGAGGAGUGGGCCGAACGGGGGAAGGAACAUGAAGACGAGGCGAUCUCUAAGAGCAACAUUCAGACGCAGGCUUAACUCGCCUUUAGUCCACAAAGUGUGUACAAAAGUGACAUUCUUGUAGCCUUACAGUUGACAGUGUUUCUUUGGCUUUUAAGGGCUUCUAUACUGAAUAAUAACACGUAAUAUACAGUAUUGCUUUCAUGAGCAAUAAUGUGAAGUUUAAGCUAAAGCAAAAAACAAAGAAUACAUGAGGAGACCGGGCCUUCUCAGCAGUAGCUCCCAGGCUCUGGAACGACCCCC